AUGACGAGCUUUGAACAUAAUGUGAUGGUUGCUUUGUAUUGGGGUGGCGAAAUAAUUACGGAUAUGAACGGAUUUAGGUAUACUGAAUGUGCUAGAAUGAUUAUUAGCAUGUCUACCUCAACUAACUAUGUUGAAUUGGUUGGAUUGUUGCAUGAGAAAAUGGGAACAAAUAGUGAAAAUAUUCAUAUGGAUAUUUCUGGAAAAUAUCCAUGUUCAAUUCAAGGUAACAAUACAAGGUUCAUUGAGUUUAAAAUUGAGAAUGACCAAUCUUUGUUACAAUUCCUUUUCAUACCUCAAAAAUUUGUGGAUAAGAUUGAUAUAAAUGUCUUGGAGAUGUAUGUAAAGUCCAAAUCAAUAGAUCAAAAUGUUGUAUUUCAAGUUAGUGGUCAUCAUGGUUAUCACAUGAAUUUAUUGGCUCAAAAUUAUGGCUUUACCACGGCCAAUCAACCUCAUUUUGUAGAACCGAUUGUUCAACCACCAUUCCAACAAUUGUCGAUGCAUGGUCAUCGAUCAUUUGGUGAAGGGUCAAGUAGUCAAAUGCAUAGUGAUAAUAGUCACAGAGAUUAUGAGGCCAAAGAUAAUGAGACCAAUGUUGAUCUAUAUAAUGAUGUAAGUGCUGAAAUUAGUGAUGAAAGUUCGGAGGAAGAUGAACCUCCAAAAGAUGGUGAUGAAAGUGAACCUGAUGAAGAUAUCGAUGAUAUUAGAGAUUUUUCUCAGAAUUGUGUAAAUCUUCUUAAUCAUAAACAAGGCGUGUCUGAAAUACAAAAUCAUGACAUACCCUAUUUCAGGACAUUAGAAAAUGCGGAAGACAUUUUCAUGUCUACAUGUGAAUCUGAGAUGGAAUAUUGUUCAAUUUGGUCUGAGGAAGCAAAAAAGGAUUUGAAAAAAGGUAUGUUUUUUAGUAGUAAAGAAAAGUUGAAACGGGCGGUAACGAUUUGGAGUUUGCACAAAAAUAAGGAGUUCAAGGUGGUAACAUCUACCAAGAGUCUAUGGGUUGUGAGAUGUAAGUUUUAUAGUUUAUUGGGUUGCUUGUGGUUUCUUCGAGGUCGAAAAGUUGGAGAUAACCUUUGGAAGAUAGGAAAAUAUGUUGAAAAUCAUAGAUGUGAGACUGAAGGGCUUUCUAGUGGUCACGCCAAUCUAAAUACCAAUUUGAUUGCAUCACUAUUUCUAAAUCAAAUUAGAAAAAAUCCUAAGUACUUGGUGGUAGAUGUCAUUUCAAAGGUUCAUGAAAAAUUUGAUCAUCAGGUAACAUACAGAAAAGCGUGGCUUGGAUGUCAACGCGCAUUUGAAUUGGUGUAUGGUGACUUUGAGAAAUCAUUUAGUGACCUACCUAAAUUUUUUACAGCUUUUCAACACUUUAACCAUGGAACAGUUGUGGAAUGGAAACACGAAAAGUCUAUGAGUUCAUCAGAGGUAAAAACCUUUAAAUUUGUAUUUUGGGCUUUCAAGCCAUGCAUAGAUGGAUUCCAAACAUGUCGCCCUGUUAUUUCAGUAGAUGCAACUCAUAUUUACGAAAAGUAUGAGAUCAAAUUAUUAAUUGCUGUUGGAAUUGAUGGAAAUGAUAAUAUUCUUCCUUUAGCGUUUGCUAUUGUAGACACAGAGUCAAAAGAGGCAUAG